UGCCGGCAUUGCACCGUCCACCACGCACCACACGCACGGCGCGGGAGAGGGCUGCCCAUCUGUCAUGGAUGACGCACCAACCAGUUUCACGCCUGAUGACGGCAGGUUAGCAGAACGAUCACCCACUUGGCCCACGAGUGGCAACGCCACGCCGGUGUCACCGCAUGCCGGACAGCGCGGUUUGAUGGGAGUAUCCCCUUAUGGCAGCCCGGAUGACAUGCGAUCAAUAAAGAGGCCUCGUGUUCACUCUCUUUCAUCUACGGUCGUCGUCACUCCCGCCGUUGCAGUUGUGCAUUCUCCGUUGUUGCCCUUGUUGCCGUCUCCAGCGCGCCGUCCAUACACUCCAGUACACCCUCUGUCGGAUUUCGAUGCGUUGUGUUUUCCUGUGCUGUCGCCGCCAUUGCAACCUCACCGUUUGCAGUUUCUGUCGUGUGCUGCGCAGCCAUUUCCUCCUCCUCCACUUUUCGUUGGACUUGACGGGUUGGACUCCAUCCCCCUAGAGUGGUGUUCUCAAUCAUUAGAAGCGGUGUUUGGAAGUGGAGGGUCCACACUGCGUGACGGAGUACGUCGGAGUGUAGAUCCGUGGGUCUCACAUUCGUUCGCCGCAUCAGGUCAUGGGCAGGGGGGUGUAUUGGAUGAUGCACGUCGUGCCUCUGCUGGGGACACACAUGACCGUAAUUUCGCCCGUCGCUCUCUCGUCUCCCGGUUCGACGAGGAUGACAAUGUGUGUGGUAGCGGAGAUGGGCCCGGCCGUAGCGAUCCUGGCGCCCAAAAUCUUGGUGCGGGUCGUUCUGAACACUCAGGCGGGUCUUUGGGGCAAUUCGGUUCGCAGUCAACUGGUUCCGCGAAGUACUCUCGUUUGUUCCUGACUACCGCUUGCAAGGAGAGACUGCGCCUUUUACAAUCUGCGAUGAAAGAAGUGAGCGACAAGUUUGGGGUCAUGAGCGAUGUCGUCGACCGACUCUUGCAUUGGUCAUUGCCAACCAUCCAGUCAGAGUUCGGGGACGGUGUGGCGUCGAGGAUCGAGAGAACACUACCGGCCGACAGUCGUGCAGAUGUGUUUCGUCUCGGAGCAGGAGGGGAUGAUUCGACAGCAGACGCUGAGGAUGAUGGCGAGCGUGAUCGUGAAGGGAGCGGUCGAGGCAAUGGCGGGUCAUUUUGUGGGUUGGAUGAUUCAUUACCACGUUCUGGGCACGGGUCACAGCAUGGCCACAGAUCGCGCGGGCGGCCACCAAGCCGUGGCAGGCCGCGUUCGCGUUUCGAACAUGUAUGUCCUUUGUGCUGGGACGAUUCGAAGGAUGGUGCUUUGCAAACCGGACCUUGCAAUAAUCGGUCUGCACAUGUGUUGGAAUCGAUGGGGCACUGGGAAGGCUCGAAAGCGCCUGAUGUCGUCUUCGUGGAGCCGGUGAAGCUGCAGCAGUUGCUCGGGUUGUUUGAUUUGAGUUGCCCGCGCCACGGGGGCGCUUGUGCUGUGGAUGUGUCCUCUGUCAGUUAUCCUGGACAGAUUUGUCGCAUUUCGCUCGCUUGUGAGAAGUCCUGUCGUUGGACAUGGCACAAUGCACUGGUUGGGGGAGCUGUGUACUCUUGCAGACUUCAACAGCAGUUGUUCCAUGCGACCUUCACUGCGGGUAUGACAUAUACCGUCCUCAACGACUUCUGCAUCGCGUUUGGGGUGGCACCUGUGCACAAGCCCACUUUUUACAGUUGCAUGCGCGGUGAGCCGAAUGUGCGUGAGGGUUGGAAUGCAAAGGUUGUCAGGCAGAGCGUGCGGUAUUGCGACUUGGCCAUUGACACGGUUAUGCGAUCAGGGAGACCCGUCACUUUGAUGGUUGACGGUCGCUACGACUCGGCCAGGUCUGCGCAGCAUUGCACUGUUACCGCGAUUGAGUAUGAUACUCGUCUUGUGGUAGGUGUUCACACUCUUCGGCCAAAAAAUGAGGGAAAGGAGUCGAACCAACUUGAGGUUCCUGCUGUUGUGCGCCUGUUGAGAGGCUUGCUGUCGAGGGGGUUGAAGAUCCGGUGUGUUGUCUCCGACGAUUGUGCUGCAUUGGGUCCACAGUUGGAGCGCCUGGGUAUUGAAUGGCGGAAGGAUUGCCAUCAUAAGGUAAAAAACAUUCGCAAGGCACUUAGAAAAGUCGUGACACUGAAGGUGCCAAAGAAAUUGAACAAUCCUCAUCAGUGCGUGUCGGAAUCUCAGUUUAUGCAGUUCACGAAGAAGGAGCUGUUGGAUGCCUUGACGGACCGUUUUGGACCAGGGUUUUUGACGGCAAAAGAAGAACGAUUGAAGAAGAGCGACUUCGUUGCUCUUGUGAUGAGCAAAAUGUACCCGUACGGCACGAUGAAAAACAAUAAAUCCUUGGUCGUGGAUGCAGAUGGUGUGACUGAGUUCCAUAUGCAUGAGGUGGGGCAUUGGUUUCUUCGUGCUUCCCAGCUUUGCAGAGAUGAGGGCGGUGACUUUGUCACUCUGCACAAUGAUGUCAUGAUGAUCGCCGACCAUUGGGCCGGGGACCACUCCAGGUGCGUUGCGGACAGAGAGCUUCUAUGCUCAAAGGCCGGUGGCCCAUCUCGGCUGCCUCUGUACACGCACGACGACCCCGUGUAUGACAUCAUUCGCCAGACGUUGGGCAGGCAUUGCAGCACGACCGUUUGUUCGUACUACACGGAGUUCCGUCACACGUCGACGGUUGAGACCUACCAGGGCACAAUCAUCAUUUACGUGAAGAAGGCCUUGCAUUUCGAGAAGUCGUAUGAGCCGCGUUUGGCGAUUGCAGUCAUUCGAUGGAACAGUCAUGCAUGGCAGGAUCCCUUGAAAGGCGAGGAUACCAUUGCCCGUGACGAGGACGACGUUGCUUCAGGUGCGGAUCUUGACGUUGUGGGGGAUGGCGAUGUUUUCAUCAUUGGCGACGGGGAUGGGUUGCCUGGACCGGCGGAUACCGUGUCCGAUCGAUCAUGCGAUUCUCUAUUGGACGCAGAUGAUGUCGAGUUGUUCGACGACUGACCUCAUGUUAUGUCGUAGUAUCUUGUACAUGCGACUUUUUUGUUUUUCAGCUUUUCAGUUUGACGUGU